AUCGGGAUCGGCGGAUAUCUGAAAUGGAAAGUCAAUCUAUCUAUAUGUGUGUUAAUAUCUCGAGUAGAAUCAUAUGAAGGGGAUGUUAUUUUUUUAUAUCUAACCAAUUUGAUGAAUUACUCCUAAAGGUUUACAUCAAAAUAGUGCUAGUUGAUGAGAGUUAUUUCGGAAACAAAAAGAGUAAAGUCAAAUUCAUUUGGGUUAUUCUCUCAAUUCCAAUAAAAUACAACCGGAUCAAGUAUGAGUUGGCGAUCAGAACGUAUAUGGAUAGAACUUAUAACGGGGUCUCGAAAAACAGGUAAUUUCUGCUGGGCCUUUAUCCUUUUUUUAGGUUCAUUAGGAUUCUUAUUGGUUGGAAUUUCCAGUUAUCUUGGUAGAAAUUUGAUAUCUUUAUUUCCGUCUCAGCAAAUCAUUUUUUUUCCACAAGGGCUCGUGAUGUCUUUUUAUGGGAUUGCGGGUCUCUUUAUUAGCUCCUAUUUGUGGUCCACAAUUUCGUGGAAUGUAGGUAGUGGUUAUGAUCGAUUUGAUAUAAAAGAAGGAAUAGUAUGUAUUUUUCGUUGGGGAUUUCCUGGAAAAAAUCGCCGCAUCUUCCUCCGAUUCCUUAUAAAAGAUAUUCAGUCCGUCAGAAUAGAAGUUAAAGAGGGUAUUUAUGCUCGUCGUGUCCUUUAUAUGGAAAUCAGAGGUCAGGGGGCUAUUCCCUUGACUCGUACUGAUGAGAAUUUGACUCCACGAGAAAUUGAACAAAAAGCUGCUGAAUUGGCUUAUUUCCUGCGUGUACCGAUUGAGACCAUGCAAACUAGAAAUACUUUUUCUUGGAUAAAGGAACAGGUUACUCGAUCCAUUUCCGUAUCGCUCAUGAUAUAUAUCAUAACUCGGGCAUCCAUUUCAAGCGCAUAUCCCAUUUUUGCACAGCAGGGUUAUGAAAAUCCACGAGAAGCGACGGGGCGUAUUGUAUGUGCCAAUUGCCAUUUAGCUAAUAAGCCCGUGGAUAUUGAAGUUCCACAAGCGGUACUUCCGGAUACUGUAUUUGAAGCAGUUGUUCGAAUUCCUUAUGAUAUGCAACUGAAGCAAGUUCUUGCUAAUGGUAAAAGGGGGGCUUUGAAUGUGGGGGCUGUUCUAAUUUUACCUGAGGGGUUUGAACUAGCGCCUCCCGAUCGUAUUUCUCCCGAGAUGAAAGAAAAGAUAGGCAAUCUAUCUUUUCAGAGCUAUCGCCCCAAUAAAAAAAAUAUUCUUGUGAUAGGCCCCGUUCCUGGUCAGAAAUAUAGUGAAAUCACCUUUCCUAUUCUUUCCCCAGACCCCGCUACGAAGAAAGAUGUUCACUUCUUAAAAUAUCCUAUAUACGUAGGCGGAAACAGGGGAAGGGGUCAGAUUUAUCCCGACGGGAGCAAGAGUAACAAUACAGUUUAUAAUGCUACAGCAGCGGGUAUAGUAAGCAAAAUCGUACGAAAAGGAAAGGGGGGGUAUGAAAUAACCAUAGCAGAUGCGUCGGAUGGACGUCAAGUAGUUGAUAGUAUCCCUCCAGGGCCCGAACUUCUUGUUUCAGAGGGCGAAUCUAUCAAAUUUGAUCAACCAUUAACAAGUAAUCCGAAUGUGGGCGGAUUUGGUCAGGGAGAUGCAGAAAUAGUACUUCAAGAUCCAUUACGUGUCCAAGGUCUUUUGUUCUUCUUGGCAUCUGUUAUUUUGGCACAAAUAUUUUUGGUUCUUAAAAAGAAACAGUUCGAGAAGGUUCAAUUGUCCGAAAUGAAUUUCUAGAUUCGCGGAUUUAUCAACAUCAAGUUCGUAAAAAUUCUCGUUGGCGAUUAUGUAUGGUCAAAAAAUUUAAUUAUGAAAGAAAAACUUUUGCUUGUUUAUAUUCUUUUUCUACUAGAUGCCGGGAAUUCCUUGUACUGUGUUCCUAGUCAUAGAGUAUGUAGAUUGUAAAGAAUACUAUUUUACUUUCCCCUUUCUUUGUUUUUUUAAUCCAAAUUGGGGCGGUGCGACUGUGUUACUAUUUCCAGAUUUAAAUGUCAUAAAAUACACCAAUCGUUUUUUAUUCGACGAGAAUCAAAUUCGACUAGAUACUAGACAUAAGUAAGCGGGGAAUAAAAACGGAUAAAUGCUGGGAAAAAAAAUUCUAGAAGGGAUUCUUCGUCUUACUAGUCUUCGACACAAGAAGGGGGUGUGGAAAAUGCCUUUUCUUGUGUCGAAAUAAUAAUGAUUCUUGAUCCCGUUCGUCAAAGGUUCCUAUUCUUAGUUUCGAUUUUUUCCAGAUUUAUCAGAACUUUUUUUACGUAUAAUAUAAUAAGUAGCGGACAAACAAAAAAAGAGAGGGAAAUUUAUUGAGUAAAUAAAACUUCUUCAAUAAACUUAUAAAAAAUAAUGUAAAUUUUGAUGAGAUACUAAAAGAAAAUAAAUAGAGUAAGAGUAAGGUUCGAUUAGUAUCGAAAGGGUUUGCAUUCUAUUUAAUUUACAGAAAUAUCGAUUAUGUCAUCCAGGAAAUCGGAGGAUUCAUUCUUUCUUC